AUGAGGUCCCAAUCUGCCCUGCCCGUCCUGCUGCUCCUCAUCCUGCACCUCGUUGCUGGGGCGUCCGCAGCACCGAUUUACGUGGUCACAUCCCCAGCUGUGAUGUACCACCCCUACACGUCAAUGCUGUGGGUCCAUCUCAGUGGCCUCCGUGAGCCCGUCCAGGUGACCAUUCAGCUGGAGAGAGCAGGCGGGACCGAAAACAUCACUCUGCUUGAAAGGAAGGUCCAGGAGCCUCACCUGUACCUGAACGUCACCUUCCCUGCUCCAGUCCCUGCCAAAGGGAAGGAGGAAAUCGUCGACCUGCACGUCUCAAUCCAGGGAGAUGCCCUGGACGUCUCCCAGAAGAGGAAGGUGAUGCUGAAAGCCCUGGAGCCUGGGAUCUUCAUUCAGACAGACAAGGCUGUCUACAAGCCUGGACAGCAAGUGAAAUUUCGAAUCGUCUCUUUGGAUAAAGACUUCAUUCCCAGCAAUAGGAAGCUGCCCCUCGUGAUCCUGAAGGACCCCAACGGGAACCGCAUCGCGCAGUGGCAAGAGGUGAGCCCACAGCAGGGCAUCGUGGACCUGUCCCUCCCGCUGGCUGCGGAGCCGGCCCUGGGCACGUACACCAUCGUGGAGGAAUACGUGCUGCCCAAAUUUGAGGUGACCAUUGACCUCCCCGCUGUGGUGCUGGAGAAGGACAAGAAGCUGCAGAUGGAGAUCUGUGGGCGGUACACCUAUGGGAAGCCCGUCCAGGGGAAGGUGCAGGCCAGCUUGUGCCAGUCCUUAAGGUAUAGAUUUCAUAGUGUCUCCAGCAAGGAGCAGAGCUGCGUUGAGGUUAGCGGGCAGACCGGGAAGAACGGCUGCUUUUCCACAGAGGUUUUGUUGACUGCCUUCAAACUGAGCGACUCCACCUACGAGAAGCAAUUGCAAGUCCAGGCAUCGCUGGUGGAGGAUGGGACAGGGCUGGAGCAGACAGACACCAAGACCUGCAAGAUUUCACCCGAAAUCUUCACUGUCACCUUCGAAAAGACCGACACUGUCUACAAGCCCGGCCUCCUCUACACUGGGAUGAUGCUGCUGAAAGGAGCCAACGGCACCGUGGUGCCGCAGAAGCAGCUCUUGCUCAUCGUUAGCCAGCAAGGGAAAGACACCAGACAGACCCUCCUGACAGACAGCUCGGGGAGAGCCUCCUUCGAGCUGGAGACCUCUGGUUGGAGCGGCACGGUCUUCCUGCGCGGUCAAGUGAACAAGAGAGCUCACAGCCAGAACGAUAGCUCAACCAUCACCUACCUAAAUGCCUACAAGGACAUCAGUCCCUUCUCUUCGCCAAGCAGGAGCUUCCUGCAUAUCCACGACCCAGAGGGCAAGCUGUCCUGCGGCCAGUCCCAGCAGAUCUGGGUGGACUACAUCUUCAGCAAGGAGGCCUUGGGGACAGAGCUGGCCAGCCUGGAUGUGGUCAUCCUGGUCCUGGCCAAGGGCACCAUUGCCACCUUCCUCAGGAAAGAGCUGCCUGUAGAGGCUGGGCUGAGAGGCUCCUUCUCGCUGGAGCUGCCCACCAGCCCCAAGCUGGUGCCCAUGGCCAGGGUGCUGGUCUAUGUGGUGCUGCCCAGCGGCGACAUGUUGGCUGACAGCAACGAGUUCGAUGUGGUCAAGUGCUUCCCCAACAAGGUCAAGAUGGCAUUUUCAGAAGACAGAGCCCUGCCCGGCUCAGCGCUGCGGCUGGGGCUGGAGGCUGCCCCGGGGUCUCUGUGCGCCAUUCGUGCCCUGGACCGCAGCGUGCUGCUCCUGAAACCCGAGGCCGAGCUCAACACGGAGGCGAUAGACACCUACACAAUAUUCCAGGGCGCAGCACUGAAGCUUUUCACCAAUGCCAAGACGGGUGACGUUUGCAGACAGAGGAUCAACUUUCCUGAGAUAGUGGGUGCCCAAGGUCCCAGAGGUGGCUUCAUCACUGCUCUGCAAUCACCUGGUUUAUCAGAAGACACUGACUUCCGUAUCUCAUUGGUGCCCAGUAGCAUCCCGGUUGUCGGUGUCCAGGAGGAGCCACCAGCCCCUCGGACAUAUUUCCCGGAGACGUGGCUGUGGGACCUGGUCCCUGUUGGGGAGCACGGCUCCGCGGAGGUGACGGUGACAGUGCCCGAUGCCAUCACUGAGUGGGAAGCCGGGAUGUUCUGCACCUCCCCAUUGGGCUUUGGGCUGGCCCCUGCCACCACCCUGACAGCCUUCAAACCCUUCUUCGUGGAGCUGGCGCUGCCCUAUGCCGUGGUCCGCCACGAAGCCUUCACCCUGGUGGCCACCGUCUUCAACUACCUGCGGCAGUGCCUGCGGGUUCGAGUGACGCUGGCGGAGUCGGCGGAGCUGGAGGUGUCGGCAAGCGCGGAUGAGAUGUACGGUGGUUGUAUCUGUGCAGACGAAGCGAGGACCUUCCGAUGGGGCGUUCGAGCCACCAGCCUGGGGGAGGUGAACAUCACUGUCAGCACCGAGGCCCUCAGCUCCAAGGAGUUCUGUGGCAAUGAGGUGCCCGUGGUGCCAGCCCAGGGGCGCGUGGACACCGUGAUAAAGCCCUUGCUCGUGCAGCCCGGGGGGAUCCUGGUGGAGAAGGCGCACAACUCCCUGCUCUGCCAGGAAGGUAGGAUGGGCUAGGGGUCUGCUGAAGAAAUCUCCCUGGAGGUUCCUGCCAACAUCUUGGAGGGCUCCCAGCGAGCCCACAUCACCGUGAUGGGCGACAUCAUGGGCAACGCUCUGCAGAACCUGGACCGCCUCUUGGCCAUGCCCUACGGCUGCGGGGAGCAGAACAUGGUCCACUUCGCCCCCAACAUCUACAUCCAGCAGUACCUGGAGAAGAGCGGGCAGCUGCACCCCGACAUCCGUGCCAAGGCGCAGGGCUUCCUGCAGAGCGGGUACCAGCGAGAGCUGCUCUACAAACACGAUGACGGCUCCUACAGCGCCUUCGGGAAGAGCGAUCCCAGCGGCAACACCUGGCUGACAGCGUUUGUCCUCAAGUCCUUCGGGCAAGCCAGAGCCUACGUGGCCAUCGAGGAGCGGCACAUCACGGAUGCGCUGCGCUGGCUGCAGCACCAGCAGCAGGCGACGGGCUGCUUCCGCAGCGUGGGGAAGCUCUUCAACAACGCCCUGCAGGGUGGUGUCUCGGAUGAGCUCUCGCUGUCGGCUUAUGUCACCGCUGCGAUGCUGGAGCUGGGGCUGUCCCCAACGGACCCGAAGGUGAGCUCAGCCCUGCAGUGCCUGGAGGCUUCGGCCACAGAUGACCCCUACACGCAGGCCCUGUCUGCCUACGUCUUUGGGCUGGCGGGGCGUGGAGAGCAGCAGCGAGCCCAGCUGCAGAGCCUGGCUCAGCACAGCAUCAGCGCAGGGGGGCAGCUCUACUGGCAGAGGAAGGGGAAGGCUCUGCCCUCCUCGGAGCCCUCCUGGGCUGCGGCUGCACCGGCGGAGGUGGAGACGACGGCCUACGUCCUCCUGGCCUACCUCACCCAGCCCCAAGUGUCCUCUGCCGACAUGGGGACCGCUUCCCAAAUCGUCCGCUGGCUCAGCAAGCAGCAAAACCCCUACGGGGGCUUCGCCUCCACGCAGGACACCGUGGUGGCUCUGCAAGCCCUGGCCAAGUACGCCACGCUGACGUACGGCAGCAAUGGGGACUUCACGGUGACGGUGACGUCCCCGACGGGCACCGCACAGGACUUUGUGCUGCACAACAGCAACCGGCUGGUGCUGCAGCGGGCGGCUCUGGGCCGGCUGCCGGGGACAUACGGGGUGCGAGCCCGUGGGCAGGGCUGUGCCCUGGUGCAGGUGACCCUGCGCUAUAACGUGCCACCCCCUCCCAGCGUGGGGACCUUCGACCUCCGCGUGGAGACGGACCCCAAGGAGUGCACAGGGGAUGCUAACGCCCGCUUCCGCCUCCUCCUCCGGGCACGGUACACCGGGGAGCGUCCUGCCACCAACAUGGUUGUCAUCGAGGCCAAGUUGCCAUCUGGCUACAUCCCGGACAAGAGCUCCAUGGUGGAGCUGAAGAGGCAGGAGCUGGUGAAGAAGGUGGAGGUGCAGCCCGACCAGGUGACGAUUUACCUGGACCAGCUGACUAAGAAGGAGGAGACCUUCGCCUUCACCGCCACGCAGGACUUCCCAGUGAGGAACCUCCAGCCGGCCACCGUGACGCUGUACGACUACUACGAGACGGGUGACCGCACGGAUGCUGCCUACAGCGCACCUUGCAGCUCAGCACCCAUGUUUGAUUUUGAAGCAGCUGACGCUCAGGAGCAGGAAAACUUCUAG